UAAUGUAACAACGUCUUAUUCUCCGUCAAUAUGAUUGAAUAAGAUCACCGUGCGCACGCACAACACACCUAAAAAGACAGAUACACAUACGCUGAAUAUAUAUAUAUAUAUAUAUGCAUGUAUAUACCAGAACUUUUCAUAUCACUAUGCUGGGUUCCACAAUCUAUCCCUUUCGCAAGAUGAUAUUACCAUCAUUAUUAUUAUUCCUGUUAUACACAUUAUCAAUACAUGUACAAUGUAGCACAGAAACCACUGAAUCCUAUUCUACAACACCUUCUACAGAUGCCAUCAAGACAACGUCAGUCAUUGAGGUAGAUGACAUUGCAUCAACUACACCUACAACCACAACUACAACUACCACAGAGAAUUCUGAAAAUGUAGCCACUCUACUACCAAAAAUUCAUAACACUCCAGUGAAUGUCACAUAUGUUAUCCUACCGAGUGAAUUAUACUUAGGUCAAAGAAAUUUGAUUACUGUACGAAGUCGUCAACCAAAAACUAAACUCAUGAUUUCAAUGAAUGUAACAGGAUUGUCAGAAACAAUUAAAGAUUCACGCGUUUACAAGUUACAUCGAUUGAAUAUAUCUCAAAGGUGGUAUGGUUUGGAUAUCCCGUAUGAAAUCCCAUUCAUUUUUGAUCAUGAAGAAUCGAUUUGGGUUAAAAUGAUAUUUAAUUUUACGCAUUGUUAUAAGAAUGAUGAAAGUGAACGGGCUGAUGAUAUCGAUGAUAAUGACAAUGGCGCCGAUGACAAAGGCGACAAGGACAACGGCGAUGAUGACGAUGAUGAUGAUGAUGAUGAUGGCGAUGAUGUUGACCGGUGUGCCAAAUACAAAGUUACUCAAGUCGUAGAGUCUGUCCAACUGAAGCAAUUACCAAUUAUUAUCAUUGGUGAAACUGAUAAGCCAUUGUAUAGACCCGGUGAGUCUGUUAAUUUUCGAUAUCUAGCGUUAAAUGUGAAUAGCUUAUCCCCAAAAUCAAUUACUGCUCCAUUACCUAAGAAAAAGCUUAUAGUCAAGAAAAAAUCCCAGUUUCAAUUAAAAGAUAUUAAUCGUUAUGAUUUAUCUAAAUUAGAAAAUAUCAUUUAUAAAGAAAUCUAUAUCACUGAUCCUAUGGAUAAUCGUGUUAAACAAUGGUUAAAUAUAUCGCCGAAAAAAGCUUUAAAUUUAACUUACCCGCUACUAAAUAAAGCUGUUGAAGGUAAAUGGAAAAUACACGGUGUAAUUGGACGUCAUGUAAAAAAAGAAACACUCGAGUUCACCGUGAAGCAAUAUACCCUUCCAAAGUUCACUGUGUCAUUAGAAACUCCAAAAAUUUUUAAUCUUCACUCUGAGUAUGUUCAAUAUUCAAUCUGCGCAAAGUAUACAAAUGGACCAGCAUUAAAAGGUCAUGUAAAAUCAAUACUUUGUGCUUGUUCUGAAUAUGCCUGGGAUAAUGAAUAUUAUACGGGAAAUGAUGAAAAAACCGUUGAAUCACUUGUAAUAACGCGUAAAUGUCCAUCGAAUGGUUAUGAAGUAAAACUUCGACCAUGUAUAAUACAUAAUCAAGCCUUACAGGCAGAUGGUUGCGCAAAUUUCAAUGUCUCCACUAAAGAAUUCGCUUUGCCUACAGAUAAAUAUUCAAAAUGGAAUCAAAUAAGUAUUUUGUGCGCUCAUGUUGAAGAAGACAGUACUGGUUCUAAGCUAUACAAUUGUUUAAAAGGUGAUGAAAUCAAAAGUGAUCAAGCAAAUUUGAAGUUGGAAUUCCCGAGUGUAUAUAAAUCAAAACUGCCAAUCACUGGGAGGGUGAAAUUAUCAAACUAUGCCAAGAAUAUAAACUAUAGUGUGAAGAUAUCUGUCUCCGAACAGAAAUGGGGUUGUUAUUGGAGAGGUAGCGCCAAAGGCACAGAAUAUUACAUAAAUACUAUCCCAGUCAGUUCAUUAGAAGACGGAGUGAUUCAUAUACCUCCGCUUCACUCUGAAAAUUCAAUAUUAAUUGAAGCUGAGUUGUUGUCACCUUCUGGAGUGCCAUUACCACCAUCAUCAUUAUCCCCAGUAGAAUCGACCUCCAAAGAUGCAAGUGAAAGUAGUCCAGAACAAUUGAAUAACAACUAUUUCUGGCCUGGUAAACCUUGGUCACCAAAUGAUAAUCCAGUCACUGAUAGCGUAACAUUAAGAUCAUGGGAUUCCGUUAGUAAAGUUUACCUACAAAUAUGGCCAGCUCAAGAUAAAAUUGUGACAACAUGCCCCAAUACAGUCAAAUUACUUCUGUUAUCCAAUAUACGUCUAUCAGACAAAAUUAUUUUUAUCGAAUCAAUGAUAAGAGGUGAACACAUGAAGAUUAUGAUCCCAGCAGCUGAUAAAAUGCUGGUUGACAACCACAUCACCGACGAUUGUGUUGAUCGUGAUGAUGAAUUAGGACAUUAUGAGUGUACGGGUGAAAAUCCAGAGGAAAUUCAAUGUUUACCAGGUUGGCAAGGUGAAAAUUGUCUAGUGCCUAUUUGUUCUUCACAGUGUAAUCCUAAAGGUGGUUUGUGUAUCAAACCUGGUGACUGUCAGUGUAAAUCAGGAUGGAGUGGUGCUAACUGUGAUCAGUGUGUUCAGCGUGAAAAUUGUUUACACGGCAAAUGUAUUGAAGGGAAUGAUUGUGUCUGUGAUGAUGGAUGGACUGGUUAUAGUUGUGAUCGUAAAACUGUCAUUUACAAAGAAAUUUCAGAAGAAGCUAAUGAAACAAUUACGACAGAAAGUGUCAUGGAGGUGAAAUCAACUGAUGAAUUGGAAAAUUCUUUCACUUCUACGCCUCCAUCAACAGAUUCACCACAAAUCAAUACGAAACCAGUUAGAACAUUUUAUCAACGACGCAUAGAGUUUCCAAUUAAUGGAUCCUGGGGACCAAGAUUCACGGCUAUAAUUUAUAUUCAUCAUCAACAAGAUAACGCGUCACCUGAGAUCAUUGCAACUCAAUUAACUGUGGAACAAAUUGAAAAUUGUACAAGUAAUGCAAUUGCCCUACAAUCGAAGUCGCAUAAAAGUAGUAUAGAAUUUAGUCAAAAUGUUGCAGAUCCUGGUGAGAAAAUUGAAAUGACCAUUACUCCUCAAGGUGUACUAUCACCAUCAGCAUUAUCGUCGAUAGAUCAAGAAACCAGCUGUUAUAAUACAUCAGGAAAACUAUGUAAAACUAAAGGUCAACUGUCAAAUGAAUUGUGCUUCAUUCGAAUCUCUGACACAUCACUAGAUAACUUUCAAGGAGAUAAAAAUUUGAUUAAUUUAAAAUCUUUCACUGAAAAAUUAAUUGAUUAUGCUAUGCAUAGUGAAUAUCGACCGUCUAUAGCUGCUUCAACACAAGAAGCAUUUCAAGCUGCUGGUUUUCAAAUUGGUUCAACAUAUCCACAACCAAUGUUUGUGCAUCAGUUAUACGCCUGUCCCCAGUUUUCAUAUUCAGGUGUUGCAGUUGUUCUUGCCGACAGUGAAGUGAAUAAUAACAACGCUGUUCCACAACCACUUCCAUUGUUAAGAAAUACCAAUGUACCACUAGUAAAACCACGACUAAGGGACUUCUUUCCUGAAGUCUGGUUAUUUCAAGUGUUACCAAUCACUGACCUACAAAUCAGUGAUCAGGUUGACGAAAAGGCUAAGAAGAUAGAUAUCAGUGGAAUCAAUGAAUCAAGGGGUAUAAAAUUAAAUCUUACAGUACCAGAUACUAUAACAAGUUGGAGGGCAUCAGCGUAUUGUACAACAAAAUUGAAUGGCCUGUGGUUUGGUGAACCACAAACAAUAACUGUAAAUAUGCCGUUCUAUUUGGAAAUAACACCACCCAAAGAAAUGAAACGUGGUGAAAUUUUGCAUAUCCCUGUAAGUAUGUUUAUUUUGGAUAGAAAAUAUUUACAAAAACCGGAAAAUUUCAACUUCUCUGAAUGUUAUGAUGUCCUCCUUGAUGUACAGGUGAACAAUGAUGACUGGUUAGUUGUCGGUGCAACUAAACACUCUGCUUGUUUGUGUUCUGGUGAUAAGGCGACCUAUCUUGUUGGAUUACAGGCAAAACGUUUAGGUAAGCUAAAUAUUACUGCUGAAGCGUUGGCCAUUAAAAAUAGUCAGUCAUGUCAAUCUAUACAACAUAGCGACCUCCAGUUGGAUAUUUCAAAGCGGAAAAGAUUUCAAUCAAAGUCGCUGACUGAUAAAAUUCGUCGUCAUGUCAAUGUGAUCCCGGAAGGUGUUCAACAUGAAACAACUAUCAGUGAUAUUAUAUGUUUGAAUGAACAAGAAACUCAGUCAGAGCGUGAGUUUGAAUUCGUUUUACCUAAAAAUAUGAUUAAGGACUCUUUAAACAGUUAUAUAUCAUAUAGUGAUGAAGUAUUAGGACCUGCUUUGGUCAAUUUAGACAAACUUGUACGUCUACCUACUGGUUGUGGAGAACAGAAUAUGGUAUUGGUAGCACCUAAUGUUUACAUAUUAGACUAUUUGAAAUCUACACCAAGUAUCAACUCUAAUGAAAAUAAAGGCAACUAUAUACAAACAGCUAAAUCACACAUUGUAUCAGGUUAUAUUCAACAGUUGAAGUAUCAACGAGAUGAUGGAUCAUUUUCUGCUUUUGGUAAAUCAGACAAAGAGGGCAGUACAUGGUUGACAGCAUUUGUAAUACGUGUAUUUGCUAAAGCCUAUAAACUUGAGCCAACUUUAAGCAUUGAAUGGGAGAAUUUAUUCACCAAUGGGAUACACUUCUUGAUAACACGUCAAAAUAAUGAAAGUGGAUGUUUUGAAGAGCAUGGAAAAGUUUUAUAUUCCCCAUUACAAGGUAUAAGCGGCAUAGAUGAAUCCAAUUGAAGGAUAUUCUACUGACUAGCUUUGUUAGUUCAGCACUGUUUGAAACACGACCAAAUGAUGCUGGUAAUAAACUGAAUAUUAAGUAUACUAGUAACGCUGAAGAGGCAUACAACAAUGGACUGAAAUGUUUAACUCAAUAUCUUGUAAAUCUUGAAUCGUAUGAUGAAUUGCCGACAUCAGCGCUUGUACAAAUCACUCACACUUAUACACUAAUUCAACCGAAUUCUCAACUAACCACUGAUUUACAAGAUGUUGUCAUCAAAAGGAAACAAGUGAUUCAAGAUCAAUUCGGUGAGAAGAUCUACUGGUCUGAUAGAUUUGAUAAAGUUGAAACGAAUACAACAAGCUGUAAUUCAACAACACAGAAUACAUUUAUUAAUAAUAAUCAUAAUAUUGACAACAUUGAACCACGUGAUUUAGAAUCGACAGCUUAUGCUUUUCUAAGUUUAAAUCGAAUGAAUCAAACAGUGAAUCAGUUAUUCCCAAUUAUACGUUGGAUAAGUUCAAAACAAAAGUCAAACGGUGGUUUUUACUCUACACAAGAUACCGUACUUGGACUGGAAGCCAUCGCUGAAUUUGCUAAAAGAUUAGGCGUCUACAAUAAUGACAAUAAUACAAAUUCAUCCUAUGGUGUUCUACAGAUAUCAAAUCAUGUAAAUAUUGACAGCUUUAAAUUGAAUGAUACAAUAACCUUGGAGAAACGACAAGUUAUCAAUCAGAUUGAAUUACCAAAUCUUGAAUUCAAGCAUGCUAAUGACGCUGAGGAUAAAGUGAUCCAUUCUGUUUGGAAAUUAACAAGUAAUCAAUCGAUAAAAGAUUGUAUGCUAGUACAGAAUACCUUCAUUUAUAAUUUACCUGAAAUCGAGGAUGUUAAAACGAAAUUUAAACUAUCCUACGAUAUCAUUCAAAAAACAUCACCAGGAGAUGAUAAAAACUGUAAAUCAGCUAAACUUGUCAUGUGUUUACAAUUAAAUUCUAGAAAAGAUGAAAAACCUAUCAGUACAGGAAUGUUAUUGAUACGUGUUGCUAUGGUGACCGGUUGGGAACCAAUUGUUGACCAGUUGAAUUCCCAAUUAGGCGCUGAAGAUGAUUCUUUGAAGAUGCUGACUAUCAAUGAUGAACAAAAUGAAAUUUCACUGUAUUUUAAUGAAUUUUCUGAAGAAGAAGCUAACGAACUAGGUGAUUGGGAACAAUUGAAACGAUGUGUUGAUGUGCCAAUCCAUCAAGUGUAUUAUGUACAAAAUGCUAAGAAUGCAACAAUAACAGCCUAUGAAUACUACACGCCAGAAGAAAGUAUUACGGUCACUUAUCGAUUAGAUGAGUGCAGAGAAGCCUGGCCUAUGAAUGAAAUCCUGUCUACAACUGAAACACCAUCAGUUACUUCAAGUGAAUCAACAACCAUAACUGAUAUUCCCUCGGAAGAUCUACCACCCAAAGAGGAAACUCCAUGUCCUGUAUGUAUAGACAAAGUUACUGAUAUGAAAUUACUUCUAAAUGACGUAUUUAAUUCUGUAUGCCGACAAUCCAAUGGGAUAUAUUUCUUAAAAGUUCAUGAGGUACACGAUAACACUAUCAAUGCGACAAUAACUCAUAUCAUACAAUCGAAUAUCACAGUAACUUGGAAUACAACUUUACAAUUACCUGAUUCAAAUCAAUGCCCUUGUCAAUUAAUCAAGACUCAUCAAAAUCUAGUUCUCCUUUUGAAAACAUCUGCCGAAAUUCCUCCAGGUGAUGCUAUAAUCAAUAUUCAGGCAUUGAAUACACCUGUGAAAUUUAUAUCUGACAAUGAAAUAUUACCUAUUCUCGAGGUAGCAGCUGACAAAAAAUGGUCUGAUAGUGAGAAGGUGAUUAUUCGCCAACUUAUUAAACCUGAUGAGUCAACUAGUACUCAGGAUUGUAAACAAUUACCUAAGCUUAUUGAAUUUAUGAAGAAGUUUUAUGGUUAAAAAUUUUUUUAUUCAACUCAUGAAUAAACAUUAAAAAAAGAUAUUCAAUUUUCAUUUUAUCUUUCUUUUUUUGAAAAAAAAUUAUUACAGAUUCUUGUUUAUAUUUUAAGUUGUAUCGCAUGUUUUUGUUACCAUGGUAUCUUGGUCAUUGAGGCGGUUUUUUUAAUUCAAAUACUUUCAGAGGUAUUUAAUUAUGAUUAAUGCAGAAAUUUUUAUGAAUUACAUGAAAUCGCUUACAACAAUCAUUAAUUAUUUAAUUCAUUCAUUGAUUAAUUGUCUUCUAAAAUGAAAAAUGUUGAUUAGAAUAUAAAAUUUUGUGAAAUACAAUAAAUACAGAAUAUUUUACUUCAUCCA